AUGUUUCCCUUAUUUUCAGAGGGAAGAAAGCAAAAGAAAACUAUAUAUAGCUUAAUCUUAGGAUUAGGGAUUGCUUUACCAUUCCAUCUGGUAGCUAUAGCGAUAAUAUUUAUUGUUUGUGUUUAUUGUCAACGACGAUCACAAAGGAGGGAGUUAACUAAACAGAGUAACUUGGAUAGAUCAACGAUACGUGUACGUUAUGGAAGCUGGGGUCCAAAAAGCAUUUUCUCCCCCUGGGGACAGGAAUCUGGAGAAAGAAAAGAGACCUCAACCACUAGGUCAAGUCAGUUUGGGAAAGGUAACUGGUACAGUGCGACUAUUGGUUCAGGAGAUCCAAAUUUGUCGGAACAUUUAAGGGAUAUCAUGCCUUCGUUCAUACCACCUGAUGUGUCGUUUGGUUCUCCUUUAAUAUUAUUUUCUUCGGAUUAAAUAUAUCAAUCCUCAG